UACACACACGCACACAAACACACAUAUAUACAACCACGCACACGCAUACAUAUUGGCAGUGCCGUUAGCUUAAGCGAAGUUGAAAAUGCAUCUGCAUCCAACAAAUGGCAAUAUUUGCGAGCAGAUAUGAAAAAAAAUUACCAAUUGAUGACACAGCGGCAAUAAACUGCGAAAUCGCAACAGUUGAGGAGAUCGACGGUCAUACGGAAUAUUUACUACGUGUGCAGCGCGGAGAUUGCACCUGGAACGUUCUGCGUCGCUACAAUGAGUUCAGCAAGCUGCACAAAAGUCUUCGUAUCUCUGGCAUCGAAUUGCCAUUGCCUGGCAAACGCAUCUUUGGUAAUAUGCGACCGGACUUCAUAGCUGAACGGAAAGAAGCCUUGCAAGUUUACAUAAACACAAUACUAAUGAAUCCCAUAUUGGCAUCAUCGCUGCCAGCCAAGCGUUUCGUUGAUCCCGAAAGCUACUCGCAAUCAUUCCAUGAUCAUGCCGUGCAACAUGCAUUGCUCUGUUUGCGCAACGACACGGUUUGGGCACUCGGCGGCACAAUGGGUGCCAUAGGCUGGCGGCUGCGCAAGCAUUACUUUAAGGUGACGACCAAACCGCCAGAGAAGAGCAGCAACAAGUUGGUGAAGAGCGGCUCGCAAUCGCAGCAGAGCAAGCAUUUUGCCGCUGGCAGCAAUGGCGGUCAUUCUGUUUCAAUUGAUGCCGGCACAACGGAUCCGAAUGCUGAAAUGGUCGCCGAAUGGUUGGAGUAUGGUCCAGACAAAUACGUCGAUGAGAAGGAAAUGAAUGGUGUGCUUAAGAGCUUGAUGGGCCUACAACAUCCACACAUCGAGGCCAUAGUUCUGGCAGCUAAUACGGAAAACGGUGGCUUGUUUAUUAGAAAAUUCCAUAAGCAUGGGACCCUCAAGGAUGUGCUCUGCAUGGUAGCAACGCCAAAGAAUCCAUUUUUGACCAAGUAUGGCAAUCCAAAGGGACGCACUGCUCUCUCCAUGAAGCAAGUGGCGAGCUACGGCAAGCAGAUUUUAGAUGCCCUAAUAUUCCUGCACUCCAAGGGCUAUGCAUACGGUCACUUGCAUGCGGGCAACAUUGUAAUUGUGGACGACUGCGUCAAGCUGUUGGAUGUGGAGAAUCAUUUGUUGGGUGUGCCGGCCUUUUAUCGACCAUUUUUCGUUCAGCACAGCAAGAUCCAUUCAAUGGAGACUAUUGACGUUUACUGCUUUGGCCAUGUGCUCUUCGAAAUGGCAAUGGGUUAUCCACUGCAGGAGUCCGUAGUGCGUCAAAUCACCGAAUGUCCCGAGGCAUUAAAAUGUCUGUUGGAGAGCAUUUUGUCGAAGGAAGCAUGCAAGGCAGGUCUGCCUAGCCUGGAGCAACUGCUUGGUCACAGAUUCUUCACACAAUACGCUGCCGAUGAGCCAGCCACGUCUGAAAAGCCAUACUUCAAGUUGUCCUUGAAUGCAAAGGAACAGCUCAGGCAAGCAGCUGUGAAAGCCGAGAAUCGUUUGCGAGAUGAGCAAAAAUCGGUGAAGAACCAAAAGCGCAUUGUUCGCGUGCAGGAGCUAAUGAGCUCCGAGGAGGAGAAGCGCAAAUCAAAGCAAAAAGCAAAAUUAGAGCACAAACAAUCGAAGCUUAAGCAACAGGGUUCGCUCCAAACAAGCAAUGGACGCUUGUCGCUGGCGGCUGCUACGGCUUCAUCAACUAGCCAAGUCGCUGUUGGCGGUGGCCCAGCUGGCGCAACAGACUCGAUCACUCGCUCCGACAGCACGCCCGAAGAACCAACAAUGAUUGGCCACAAAUCACUCAUGCCGGCCACGCAUUUGCCGCGCCAGGAGAUUCAGGCGAGCAGCGGCGCCGUGGAGAGACAGACAUCGACGCCGAACAUCGCUUCCGAGGACACCGAUGCUGGCGAGGAUGAGCCCACGCGCUCAGCGCUGCUCGAGUCAAUUUGCAAAUUCAAUCGCGGCUCGCUGCGCAAAGUACGCUCGAAUGAUUAAGGCCGGCCUCGUGCUAUGAAUUUUACAUAUUUACAUUUUGGACCAAAUGUGGCGUUAUGAAAUAACGGUUCCAUUAAAUUAAAAGAACAAAACAAAAUAUGAAGAGAAAAUCAAUGCAGAAAAUAAUACCCAACCAAUAGAAGGAUACAUAUAACAAUUACACAUAUAGGUAAAUUAUCGCGUCUAUUUAUUGGCCUACAACAAUCCAGAAAGUAUCUAUAAGUAACUACAUAUAUAUAUAUAUAUAUAUAUAUAUAUAUACAUAUAUAUAUACAUUAACUAAACGAAACCCACUGAAUCUGUGUCCACUACAAAACUUAACAAUGUUUUAUGAACUCAAACGAGAUAUGUACGUCUAUUUAGUACUAAAUGUAUUUAUGUACUUGAUAAGUUAUAAAUCAUACACGUCUGCGAUACGGAGACGGCUAAUGGUCAAGCGUACGCAACUAAAGCUUUACAUAUACAUAUACAUGACCACUACACGACUGAGAAUCACCACUUUGGUACGAGUAUCUUAAACAAAAAAAAAAAAAAAACACGAUUAGAAAACAAAAAGACAAUUUAGAAAUUUCCUUAAAAAAAAAAACAAACAAAUUGAACCAUAAGUCUGCACCAAAAUUUGCACGAUGACGCUCUAAUCGAAUAAUCUAUUUAUAACUAUCAUGCAUAUGUAUAUGUAACAAAAUAACACAUGUAAUUGUUCCUCGAUGUUGUGCUCCUUCAAAACAAAAUCCAAUAUACAGCGUUUUUUAUCGCCAUUGAGACCAUAGCUUAAACAUACUUAAUAACGGGACUAAAUCGCUUGAAAAUGGCCAAAAAGUUGUACUUUUUUGUAUUUUUUAUUUUUGUAUUGACAUUGUAUUGUUUCACUAGUUCUUAACAUUUUUUGUUAUUGAGCAUUUCUUAUUGAUUAUGUGUGUAAUGAGAAUCGCUGUAUACAUUUUUGUAGCAUGUACUAAAGUUAAAAAACAUAAUC